CACAGAGUGUUGCAGGUGGCACUAUCCAGUGGAUCAGGGGACUGUGUCCCGGUGUACAGUGGGUGGCCAGAGAAGAUAUCUCACAGAGGAGCCUCACUGGCUGCCCUCGCCAAGAUAUGGGACCACUAUGGCUUCAGUCAUGUGAGUCAGCUCUACUGCCAGUUGCAAGGUCAUGUGAUGUCAUGUGAUCCACCACCCAUGGAGCUAGAGGGUAGAGAGAACUGUGUCAUCAGUGUCUGCAUGACUGCAAGACACCUUCUCCACACGGGAGAGUAUGGAGCAGUCAAGGCACUAUUCAGGUCAGCUGAGAAACUCCUGGAGUCAAAUGGAGCAUCUUACAAGUUGCUGUGUCAGUGUAAGGAGGAGGUGUGGUUUGACUGGUGUGUUCGAACCGGAGAUGUAGGGGCUGCCAGGCGACACCUAGCCAGACUCCAGUCUCUGGACUCCCAGAGUGCCCUUCUCAGGUCUGCCAUUCUCAGUUGUACCGUGGGAAACUACACUGAGGCUCGGAGACUUGCUCUACAGCUCCUGAAGAAGUCCUCUCCUGAGAUAAAACGCCGAGCACUGGAGCUGUUGGGGGAGGUGGAGUGUGCCAGUGGCCGGCCAGCUCUCUCCCUGCCCCACCUCAUGGAGUCUCUGGCCCUGUGCCACACCCACCAUCUCUCUCCCUUCACCACUCAGCUCAGGCUGGCUCAGGCACAGUUACAGCUGGAAUCACCGUACGCCUGUGCAAGUAUAGCCACACGGUGUCUACUGCAUUUCCAGACCUGUGGUGAUGUAGUCCACAGAGGAAUGUCUCAGUUCUUGCUCGCCCAGGCCUCUCUCCUUACAACACAUCAAGACAGAGGACACUUGGAACAACAAGAUGUGAUGGAAGUCAUACCAGUACUGGAGGAGGUUGUUACUGACUUCCAGAAGGCUUCUGCAACUGGUCACCUUCACAAAGCAGCUCUUCUACUGGCAACGGUAUAUGACGCAGCUGGCUAUGUUGAUAAGAGGGAUAAGAUGGCAUACAUUGUCCGUUGCACCAAGUCUACCCACCCUUAGAGUAUACAUGAAUUGUAUUGUCGAUAGACACUUGUCUGGUGUAUGAGGCAGCUGGAUAAGAUUGUCUGGCAAACCAUGGUACAAUGGGGCAAUAAAGUUU